UCUUCAAAUGGGGGUUUAAGCUUUUUUUCAGUUGUUGGUUUUUUCUUUUCAAAGGGUUUUAUGUCUUCUUCGUUAUUUCUAUUCUAGAAGAGAGAGAGAGAAAGACAAGGACGAUCGCUAAAUCUUUUUUCUCUAAAAUCUUAGAAUUUCCAAGUCUCUGUAAAGUUUUCAUUGUAUAGCACAAUUGUUCUAAUCAGAGAUUCGUGAGAGGAUCAUUUACUGGGUAAAGGUUGCGUAAUUAUUCAGUUUGCGUGAUCUAUAUAUAAUUAACUGGCGCGAUAUUGUGAUCCAGGAAUCGUUGUUGGCUAAUUAGGUAGUUCUGUUAUGCAUAAUUGAGAGAUGGUGGUCAAAAGGAAGUUAAGUUGUGGCUCUAAAGGUUUUGAUUUCCCCAAUAUUCCCAAGGCUCCUCGUUCAAGCAGGAGGAAGGUGUCAGGUAAGAGAGCUGAUGAUGAUUAUGAAAGUGAGAUCUGUGCUAUUGAUUUGCUAGCUUCUCUUGCUGGCAAGUUGCUGGAAGAAAGUGAAAGUUCCUCAACGUCUACCUAUGCAUUUGAAGGUGAUAAUCUUGAUCAUUUGGGUGGAGUGGUUAAGCUUAAGCAAGAACUUGAAGAUGGCUAUAACAAGCCUUGUCUAUCUAAGUUUUUCGAUCAAGGAAACCCAGCUUCAAAGUCUACUAGUGAAAAUACGAGCGUGACUUGUUUGCCAUUUUCGUCUUUGGAAAAUGAUUGCAUUUUGGAGAAAACACCGGUUUCUGAUUGUAAGCCGGCGUGUGGUUUGAAGUCCCUGGUAGGGGAGGAAACAUGUGUUGUUAAUGAGGAUGCCGGGUCUGGACAAGGAGAAGCAACUGGUGCCUUAAAGGAUCCAAGUCAUUUACAUUUGCAGUCUCCAGAAUCGGUCCAUCUGGAUGGAGAUGUAAAAUUGCCACCAUGCACGGAUCAACUCCCUAAUGAUUCUUUUGAAGGAUAUGGGAAUCAUUCUAAGUUAGUUUGCAGAGAUGAUGACGAAAACUAUUGUAAGUAUUAUAAAUUUAGUGACAAAUGUAAGUCAUAUAGGCCUCCCUUCCGGGUUGGAAAUAGAAGAAUAAUGCAGUCAGUGAAGACAAAAUACGGCGGGAGAUCAAUCUCCAAGUUGAAGUGUUUUGAAGACACUAGAACAGAUGGUCGUUUGAAGGCUCUGUACCGCAAGAGAAAAUUAUGUUAUGGUUACAACCCAUGGAAGCGUGAGACCGUUCAUAAGAAGAGAAGAUUGUCUGCCAAAGGGUUAGUGGUUAAUUAUGAUGGAGGGCUCAGUAGUGAAAGUGUUUCUAAUUCACCUGAAAAGGGAGAAUCAGAAAAUGGUGAUUUCUCUGCUGCAAAAAUAGGUCUUCUUUCGAAGGACUCCCGUGUAAAGUUCAGCAUCAAGUCCCUUAGGAUUCCAGAGCUUGUUGUUGAAGUUCCAGAGACAGCAACAGUAGGCUUAUUGAAGAGGACAGUGAAGGAGGCUGUUACUGCUUUACUUGGUGGUGGAAUACGUAUUGGGGUGUUAGUCCAAGGGAAGAAGGUUAGAGAUGACAACAACACACUAUCACAGACUGGUCUUUCGUGUAGAGAAAAUCUUGGCAACCUUGGCUUCACAUUGGAGCCUGGUCUGGAAACACUGCCUGUACCUCUUUGUUCUGAAACUCCUGUCUUUUCCAUGCCAACUGAUUCUACAAAGUUGUCAGAAAGGUCCGCAGCUUCUCCUUCGUUAGAUACUAGAAUUCCUAUCCCUCUCCAAGAUGAAGAUCCCCUGAUUAAUUUGGGAAAUAGUGUGGAGAACAAUCAUGAAUUAGUCCCACAUCCGAGUGACAUAUCAGCAGCUGAUGAACAACCUUCAUCAGAUUCAAGAGCGCUGGUUCCAGUUUCGGCCUUGGAAUCCGAGGCUCUUGCACUUGUUCCAGUUAACGAGAAACCUAAGCGUACAGAGCUUUCACAGCGCAGAACCAGGAGACCAUUCUCUGUUACAGAGGUAGAAGCUCUAGUACGAGCAGUUGAAGAAGUUGGGACUGGAAGAUGGCGUGAUGUGAAGUUGCGUUCUUUUGAAAAUGCAAGUCAUCGAACCUAUGUGGACUUGAAGGACAAAUGGAAAACGUUGGUUCACACAGCAAGUAUAUCACCACAGCAACGAAGAGGAGAACCAGUGCCUCAAGAUCUGCUAGACAGAGUCUUAGGAGCACAUAGGUUUUGGUCACAGCACCAAAUGAAACAGAACGGGAAACAUCAGGUGGCUACAAGUACAACAAUGGUGGUUGAAUCAGGUUCGUCCGUGUAAAGAAGGAGAAUGUUAAUAACAAUAACUUUCACUUGACGACUAAGGAACCAAAGUGGACAACUGUACAAAGGCAAACAACAAAAGUACAGAACCAUACUUAAUUUCUGGAAAGAAGACAUUUUUUUUUGUAAUCAUAGCUGGUAGAAACUUGACGUUCCUUGGCACUUUUGGUUACUUUUAUGGUACGUCUGUUCAUUCCAAAUUUCUAGUUGAUUUGAUUAUGUAAUACAGACUAUACAGUGAUAUUGGUGGUUGGUCCAUGGAUAAAGGGGACAUGUAAUUUUUAGACAAUUCUUUUAUUUUUUUGUUCAUCAUUCAAUUCAAUCUAUGGCAGUGUAACUUUGAGUACUCUCUUA